AUGUCAGCAGACCUGCAAGAGGAAACCACGUCGACUUCGCAGCCAGCAACGACUGGCAACGCUCGUGAAAAUUACAAGCGCCUCUUCCAAGAAGCUGAGGAGAAGCUUCAGGAAGCCGAGGAGCGAUACAGAAAGAUACAGCAGCAAGCCGAGGAGCGAUACAGAAAGAUACAGCAGCAAGCCGAGGAGCGAUACAGAAAGACAGAGCAGCUAGCCGAGGAGAAGCUUCAGCAAAUCCAGGAGCGAGAAAGAUAUACUACCUUUGACGAGUUUAUUCUCCUUUGCCACAACCUAUAUCACCUGCCAAAAGUCUUAGAUUCUUCCCAGUUAACUGCAGGAAAGAUCCCUCUUAAUAAUCCCACUAAAGCAAUGACUGGCAACGCUCCUAAGGAUUACGAGCGCCUCUUCCGAGAAGCUGAGGAGAAGCUUCAGCAAGCCGAUGAGCGACUCAGAGAGUCACGGCAGCAAGCCGAGGAGCGACUCAGAGAGUCACAGCAGCAAGCCGAGGAGCGACACAGAAAGUCACUGCAGCAAGCCGAGGAGCGACAGAGACAGACCACCUUUGAUGAGUUUGUUCUCCAGUGCCACAAUCUAUUUCACCUGCCGAAAGUCGCAAAUAUUUCGGAGUCAACUACUGGAACGAUUCCUGCGCCAAAACGCAAAUAUUGUCCUGCACGACUAGUUCCAUGGGUGGAUUGUCCGUCUCAAUUACAAUCCGUCUACGACUCCAUCCGCCGUCACUUCCGAUCGGGAGACAAUGCAGCUCAACGAGUCUUUCCGUCCUCGAUCCUCCUGGAAGGAUUUCAGGAAGAAGUGAUGGCUAAAGCAAUAAGCUGCGAGCAGGACUUGCUAAUCUAUGACCGUCUAACUAGGGAAAAUCGCAUACGUGAUGUUGUUUCUCAGUUAUGCAAAAUCCCUGCUGCACGGCAAGAGUUGCAACUAGGUGACGGGAUAGAGUUUGCAAGCCAUGCAAGCCCGGCCGAGACCGAAACCCUGACGAGCGAGGCGUCUGGUGGUCUUCCGACCAUCACCAAGCCACUACCCGAUGUUUUCUCCAUCAGCAAGGUAAAUGGUGAAGAUUGCAAAGUCAUUUCGACUUGUGAGCAGAAGCCGCCUCACAAGCUUUCGGUGGAGACGAUCCGCAUGGGUCUGAGGCCCAUGAACCUGUGGCAAGAAAUGGUCAAAUCCAACAAGAUACCAACCGAUCCAACCGAGAAGAUGAAAUAUGAUGCUGCGCGCCUAGUUUGCUCAGCGAUUGUCCAGGAGUACCAUGUGAUGAUCUCGUUGGGAUUGGAGUACUCGUAUCUCACCAAUGGACCACACGCGGAUGUGAUGUUAUGGGUUCCGUACGAUGAUCCUAGCACGCUUCAUUUCCAUCUCGCUGAACCAAGCAAGCAAGGAUAUAUAAGCGUCGGGAACACGAUCAAUCAGCCGACGACGUCCGUCACCGGCAUCCUAUGCCUUUUGAUGAUGAGCCUCAGAUCACGCCCACGAGGCAAUCAGUGGCGGGCCUGGGCCCGGUCGCAGCUUAAGGGUUGGAGGACGAGUUUCGAUUACGCUCAUCGGGUUCCACCGAGCCCAGAUGGAGGACAAGACGCAGAGCUGCCCAGCUCGGAGCCGGAUUAUCCAAGCCCUGAAGCAAGUUCAGAAUACAUACCAUCGUCACCGCUCUCAAACCCCGCAGCGGACAAAGAAACGGCUGCCCGGCCACGGACUCGGGCUUCCUGUGCUCCUUCAGACAAAGAAAACAGGGCACGCGAUACCUCGCCAGACUCAUCGGAUUCUGAUGACUCUGAUGAUAACCAGGCCAACCCCGCCAGGAAGCGGGGCUUCAGCAGUGUAAGCGCAUCUUGCCAAUCAGCUCGUCAACCGGGUCCUCCUGUCCCAGAAGAUUACGAGCCGCCGGAGCAUAAUGCUAGAUUUUGCUCGCAGCUAUGUAUUCUUGGUCUGCGGAACAACGCGCCGCUAGAUAAUGACUGCCCAAACGCGGAACUUCAUAGGCGCUCUUCAACACAAUCCCAUCACUCCAUUUCAGCGGAUGAGCUGCUCCAAAAGCUUAAGGAGCAGUUGGACAGCAACAUAGAUGCUUACUGCACGCCUUUCGCCGACCGGGGGGGAUAUGGCAUGCCAUUCAAGCUCACCCUGACUGCUUAUGGCUACACCCUUGUGGGGAAAGGAACAAACCGAAGGCUCUGGGGCGAAGUAUCCCAAGAAGCCCAGGCAUACAGAAUCCUACAAAAGCUUCAGGGAGUUGCUGUUCCUGUUUUUCUCGGCAGCAUUGACUUGAGCAUAACAUACUUUGACUAUUAUCUAGGAGACAUCCGACAUAUGCUCAUCAUGUCAUACGGCGGCGACGAGAUUUCACAGGACCAACGGGGCCGGCUGAAGGGGGAGAUUCGAAGAUCAAUAAAGGAGGUCAAGAACUGCGGCGUCGUUCACCAGGACCUCAGGAUUCGGAACAUGCUGUGGAACAAGGAAUCCGAGCGUGUCGUAAUCAUCGAUUUUCACCGUGCCAAGCUUGCCAGACGGCCGAUUUUGGCGACACAGACGUCGAAGAGAAAAGCGCCUUUGCAAUCAGAAGUACGACAGGCAAAGGGUAUUCGAGCGUCGUAA